CUGUGCCGCUCUGAAAAAUGUCCAGCUCUAUAAGGGACCUCCUGCUGGAGGCUCUGGAGGAUCUGGACUCUCGGCAGUUUAAAACCUUCACCUGGAAGCUGAUGGACUCUGAGCUGGAUCUCCGAAUCCCGCGGGGGGUGGUGGAAGGGAGGGACCGGGUGGACAUUGUUAAUCUUCUGAUAGAAAGUUUCACAGAGAACAGAGCCCUGGAGAUCACCCUGCAACUACUGAAGAUCAUCAGAGCCAAUCAGGUAGCGGAGGAUCUGGAGACUGGAGCUCGAGUACGUGGACUCUGUGCUGCUGGAGGAGGUGGAUCAUCCGGUGUUUCGACUCCAGCUUAUGAUGCUUUAAAAAAAGCCGCCUUCAUCGAUGAUAAGUGGGCGGAGCUCGUGCAGAGAGCCACUGGGGUGGAGGCUGUCCUGGACGUUCUCCAGCAGUACAGUGAAAUCUGCUCUGAGAGGAUAGCUCAGAGGAUGAUGCAGCGUCUGAUUCGUGAAGCAUUAAGAGCGAGUGGUGAUUCCGGGAAGAGCGUCCUGUACGACGUCCUGAUGGCCCUGCAGCCCUACAUGAUGAAGGACCUGGGGGCUUCCUGAGAAAACCUCAACCUCAACCUGAACACUGAAAAAAAUUACUUUAAAAAAGUUUCGCAACUUUCUGCAUUUUCUUUUUUAAAAUAAAUUUAAUUUCAGAUCAAUUUAAGUAACUUCAACUCGGUUUCAAGAUUUAAAUAGAGUUACACAGAGUAAAUAAGUGAACUGAACUUCAGUCAAUCCUUUCUUUUAGUAAACUUUACUUCAUUUAUUUUUACUGAAUCAAUCCUUUCUUUUAGUAAACUUUACUUCAUUUAUUUUUACUGAAUCAAUCCUUUCUUUUAUUAAACUUUACUUCAUUUAUUUUUACUGAAUCAAUCCUUUCUUUUAGUAAACUUUACUUCAUUUAUUUUUACUGAAUCAAUCCUUUCUUUUAGUAAACUUUACUUCAUUUAUUUUUACUGA